CGCAGCGCAGGCUCUCCAGCGGACGCGGUCUCGGGUUCUGACCAGUGCAGGGUUGGCUGCUGGAGUACACUGGUCCUGCUUUCAUGGCUUCUCCUAGCAAGGCAGUAAUUGUUCCCGGGAACGGAGGCGGAGAUGUGGCCACCCAUGGCUGGUAUGGCUGGGUGAAGAAGCAGCUGGAGCAGAUACCUGGUUUCCAGUGUUUGGCUAAAAACAUGCCUGAUCCAAUUACAGCUCGAGAGAGCAUCUGGCUGCCCUUCAUGGAGACGGAGCUACACUGUGAUGAGAAAACCAUCAUCAUUGGCCACAGUUCUGGGGCCAUUGCGGCCAUGAGGUAUGCAGAAACACAUCGAGUAUAUGCUAUUGUAUUAGUGUCUGCAUAUACAUCAGACUUGGGGGACGAAAAUGAGCGUGCGAGUGGAUACUUCAGUCGCCCCUGGCAGUGGGAGAAGAUCAAAGCCAACUGCCCUCACAUUGUACAGUUUGGCUCCACUGAUGAUCCUUUCCUUCCCUGGAAGGAACAAGAAGAAGUGGCUGACAGGUUGGAAGCCAAAUUGUAUAGAUUCACUGACCGUGGCCACUUUCAGAACAUGGAGUUUCCUGAACUGAUUAAUGUGGUAAAGUUUAUGCUCAAAGUACCAGCACAGACAGAAUGAUUUCCGCUAUUUUGCAUACCAAUAUAGUAGAGCAAUGAUCAUAUUAUUAGUAAAUAAUCAUCUACUAUCAGAUGAUUACUGGACACAUAAAACAGAUCAAAUUAAGUUCUAAAAAUUCCUAAAAAAUAAACACAUAUAGAACUUUUCAAUGUUCAAACCGUUACAAACAGCAUUUCCAUUUUCCAUAGAAUCUACAUCUCCCCACAUUGCUAUGAACUAGUAUUUUCCUAUAUGAUAAGGGAUAUAAGGACAGCUUAAACAUCCUUAUCUAUACAAAGUGAAUAGGACAGAAAUAAAACCCAGGUUUCCCGAUUCCUACUCCAGAUUAAAACUAAGUAAGUUUUAUGUAUGUUAUAGGAGUUAUACUCGUCUUUUGAAAUAAAACUUCUAUUCUAAAGGUGGAAAAACAUGACGAAAGGUCCAGAGUGUUGGCAUAGAGUGCAAAACACUAGCUAUUUUGAGCUGGCUCAGGAUAUUAAACCCAGACUGGGGCCUUCAUCUUUGACACCCUGCCUUCCAGUCCUUUGAACAUGUUGAAAAAUUGAAACAAGGAUGCUAUGCGGCAGGGUCUCCAAGGGUCAGGCAGGGAAUAUGAGCACAAUCAACUUUAUUUGUGUGAGAUCACAGUGCUGAGGACUAGGGCAUGUGAGGAAUUCAUGCCAUAAGAGAUUGUGGCAAGAUGUUGCCAAUUUUGAUUUUUUGAGGAAAUAACUUGAUACAGUGGUUUUUAUAGUCAGGGAAUAUAUAUGUAUGUAUAUAUAAUCCAUAUGUGUAUGUUCAAUCCAUAUACAUAUGGAUUAUGUUAGUUGGCAACUACAGUGUAAAUAAAAAAUUUACAAACACUGCAAGACAAAGUCCAAGCCAUCCAUUUAUGACCUAUGCCAUAUAUAGUAACUUAGCCACGUACUUUAAAUGUCUCUAUAAAGCCUGAAAAAUGAACAUAAUGUCAAUGUAUGAAAUCAUGGGAACAAUUUGAACUUUGUUACAAUCUUGAGUAUUUUUAAAAAUAAUCUUUCCACGCCUGAAGUUUUUGUUCUGUAAGGAGUUCUACCUUUUAAUUUCCCUGGUCCUUAAGAUCUCUUUCAAACAUCAUUCCAUUUUUCUUCUGACCAUACUCCCUCCAAAAAACCCUUUUUUCAUUUCCUAACAUUUUUUGCCUAUUAUAAUCCCCAGCUAUUACCUUAAACAAUUUCCAGUCCAUUACUAUAGAAAGUUAUAUUGGACAGCACUGGAAUCUAGGGCAUGUAUUUUAUAUUCUUCUCUUGCCCACCAUCUAAUAAUGAAUGAUAGUUCAAAGUAGGAGUGACUCAACUUGAAAUUAUUUCUGUUCGACUAGUUUGCUUAGUUGAUCAUAAAAAUCACGGCUUCAUAAAAUUUACUUAUCACCAAACUAAGAUCAGAAGGGUUUCAGGGAAGAAUCCCAUGUAAACUAUUUAGUUAAGCCUUCAAUUCAUGGAUUCUCAUGAUUCUAUGUUUGACUACAUAUGGAUCAUUAUUAAGCAUAGAGAGGCCUUGACUCCAGGGAAUAGCUAUUCUCAGGUGAACAAAUUACCUUAUACUAAAUGGAAAUCAACUGAAAGGAUUAGGGUUUUCACUCACAAUUUGAUAUUUUUUGGUGUUGUCAUAAGUCUAGAGCCUCACUAUUUGUUUUAGUCAAAGUUUACACCUAUACGUAUCUAUUAUCAGAGGUGCUGUAUUUUAAAAUUAUUCUCUUUUCUCUUCAGUUAUUCAGAAUUAAAAACAUGCUAUAGGAAA